AUGGAUUCCGUCAAAACGCUAAGGGGUUACGGGAAGGUCGCCGUCGCCGUCGCCGAUGAGAGGGCGCUCCCGGAGAGAAACCGGCAGCGCCGCCUCGCCAUCGCCGGUCUCUCGACUGUCCUUCUUCUGCUUCUCGUGGCGGUGGUGUUGGUCGUCGUCGGCGUCAGCGGCGCAGGGCGCGGGAAUCGCUACUCCUCCGCCGGUGGAGGAGUAGGUUCGCCGGCAGGGACGGGAUCUGUCAAGGCCGUGUGCAGCGUGGUGAGGAAGGAGCUGGAGUCCUCCUGCUACUCGAGCCUCUCCGCCGUCGGCGCGAAUUCCACCUCCGAUCCGGAGGAGAUCUUCAAGCUCUCGCUGCGCGUCGCCAUGGACGAGAUCUCGCGGAUCGCCACCGUGCCAGACGCCAUUUCGAAGGGCGUCACCGACCAGAGAGCGGUGGAGGCGCUGAAAGUCUGCAAAGAGAUGCUGAGCAGCGCCGUCGAUCACCUGAACGCGUCUCUGGAGUCGCUGCGCCCGCCGCCGGUGGGGGGAGAGAAGACGCUCACCCCCUCGAAGAUCGACGAUCUCAAAACCUGGCUGAGCGCCGCCCUCACCGAUCAGGAGACCUGUCUCGACUCGUUCGACGGCGUUGGUGGAGACUUCGGGGAGCAGAUGGUGGCGGCGAUGCGUAACGCCAAGCAGUACACGAGCAACAGCCUCGCCAUCGCCGCCCACCUCAUCAGCAUCAUGGAGCAGCUCCAAAUUCCGAUCCACCGGAGGCUCCUGUCCACAACGGCUACAGCCGCCUUACAGCGGCGAUUCAGCCCCAGAGGAACCUCACCGUCCACGGCGGCGGCAUCGGCAAGUCGGGCCUGA